AUGAAGCUCCCGCUGAUUCGGCUACUGUGGCCGGGCCUGGGACCCGCGGCGGGGCCGGCCGACGCGGCGCCGGAGCCGGCCAAGCCGUCGCUGCCGGCCGCGUGGCUGCUGCUGCACGCGCUCUUCUGCGCCACCUCCAUGGCCGUCGGCUUCCGCUUCUCCCGCCUUAUCGUCUACCUCCUCUUCCUGCCCACCCCGCCCAUCAACCCCGCCGCGCACCUCGUCUCGCUCGUGUCCCCGCCCGCCGUCGUGCUCGCGGGGGCCAACGCCACGGCCAUGGCCACGAUCACCACCACGACGACGACGACGACAACCGUCACCACCACCACCACCCUGGCCGCCGAGAUCGGCGCCCACCCGCAGCCGCAGCAGCAGCACCACCACCACGGCCCCGUCUUCGUCGGCCGCCACCCGAUCCGCGUUCGCUCCUGGCCCCACCCGGACCCCACCGAGCUCCUCAAGGCGCACCGCAUCCUCGCCGCCGUCCAGAACGCGCAGCGCAGCACCAAGCACCGCGGCGCGGGACCCGCCAGGCCCGUCAUUGCCGUCACCCCGACCACCACCUCCGCGCUCCAGGUGCCAUCGCUGACGUCUCUGGCGCACACCCUCCGCCUCGUCGACGCCCAGCUCGUGUGGAUCGUCGUCGAGCCGGGGCACCGCACAGACGCCGUCGCCGCGGUGCUCUCCCACUCCAAUCUCGAUUUCCUCCACAUCACCGGCCCUGGCGACUCCACCGCGAGCCUGCGAUUGCACGCCCUCAGGGAAAUUCGGACGAAGCGGAUGGACGGCAUCGUGGUGUUCGCCGACGAGAACAGCAUCCUCCGCACGGAGCUGUUCGACGAGGCGCAGAAGGUGACCACCGUGGGCGCCUUGCCUGUCGGCAUCCUGGGCGAGGACGACGGUACCAGCGAGUCCUUCCUCCAGGCGCCGUCGUGCGACGCGGAGGGUAACCUGGUGGGCUACCGCGUCUCGGAGGAGACCGUGCUGCCGGCGAACCGGAGCGACAUGCUGAUGUCCAGCAGGCUGGAGUGGGCUGGCUUCGUGGUGAACGCGCGGGCGCUGUGGGAGGACACCAAGGAGCGACCGGUGUGGGUGCGCGAUCUCAGCGCCAUCGACGAUGCCGACGCCCGUGCCGCCAGCCCUCUCGCGCUCGUCACCGACGCCGGCCGCGUCGAGCCGCUCGCCAGCUGCGCCCAGGCGGCUCUCGCGUGGUCUCUGCGUUCCGACAGUCUCCACGACGUCAAAUUCCCACACGAGUAA